CACUAGAUGGGGACAGAUUUAAAUUUCCAUGCCCUGAUGAUGGGGUAUUUGAUUAUUCCGCACACCAUCACUGCACUGUAAGUCUUGGAUAACAAUCAUGACAGCUAUACGGGCUUAAGACGCGAAGACUCAAAAGCUACUCUAUGUAAGAUGAACACUGAGGACAAACUGGAAGGCAUGCUGCUGAAGUGCAGCAGUGGAGGAAUAGAUGGAGGAGGGAGAGUCAGCCUGGGAAGCGGAGGAGGACUGGUGGUGAUGACCCUAGGGGAACGAUCGCUGGCAAACCACCCUCUGCUGGCUGAGGAUGAUGACGAUGAAGACGACGACGACGAUUUGACUCGAGGCUCACUGAUCACUCACGACCUGGUCCCUCCAGAGCAGCUGAUGAUGCAGGAGGAGAUGACAAAGAAUACCGCUGGAGGAGAAGAGGAGGGAGGAGCCGAGUUGAGCAUCAAGCAGGAACUGAAGUUGUCUGAGCCAGCGGUCUAUAUAAAGAAGGACAAAAAGGCAAUCAAGGAUCUGACAACGUGUCCCAAGAAGAAAAAAAGGAAGCAGCGAUCACCAGCAAAGAUUCUCAGCAUCAAUGACGAUGGCUCAUUGAGUAUACCAAACCCCAAGUGUCACGUCUGUGCUCACUGUAAUGCUGCAUUCAGAACGAACUACCAUCUACAGAGGCAUGUCUUCAUUCACACUGGUGAGAAGCCAUUUCAGUGCAGCCAGUGUGACAUGCGCUUUAUUCAGAAAUAUCUUCUCCAGAGACAUGAGAAGAUCCAUACUGGUGAGAAGCCUUUUCGCUGUGAUGAGUGUGGGAUGAGGUUCAUCCAGAAGUAUCACAUGGAGAGACACAAGAGGACUCACAGUGGAGAGAAGCCCUACCAAUGUGACUAUUGUCACCAGUACUUUUCCAGAACAGACCGGGUUUUAAAGCACAGAAGAAUGUGUCACGAGAACAGAGAGCGAAAGGCAAACAAGAGUGCCGGUAAAGUGGGACCUUUGCGUGAAGCAGACUCUUUAGGGCCUCCCUUUGUUGCCAAAGAGUGUUCGCUGCCCAAGAAAAAGCGCCAAAAGUGUGCAGACAAGAGUUCAGGAGCUUCCACUACUGCCCAAACGGAAGGGCACACUUUUGCUGUUGUUGAAACAGAGGAGAAAGAGGAGCAGAAGGAAGGUCUUUCUCUAUAUGCUGUGUCUUCAAAAGUCAAACAUGAGUAUGUGAUUGCUGACUACUCUGUGGACCUUCCUGAAGAAACAGCUAAUCAACACCAAGAGGGAGAAGUCUCAUCAGAAGAAACAACUUCUCCUAAGUUAGUUCUGAAGAAAGUCCCCAAGCGGAGUCAUAAGCAGUCUAGUGAACAAACUCCUCCUUGCUUGUCCAGUUUGCCCUCUUUUGAGGAAAAUACUAAGGUCACACAGUACACCUUUGAAAUUGUCGACAAGCAAGGCCUCUUAGAUGUAGAAGGUAACAGUGAACUCGAGUCAGUUGAAACUCUUCAAGGAGGACAAACAAAACCAGCAGCCAACAGCACAAACUAUGAUGACGCCAUGCAGUUUCUCAAGAAGAAGCGUUACCUUCAAGCUGCGAUGGCCAAUAACAGCCGGGAUUAUGGCCUGAACUCGAGCAGCAUCUCCUCUCAGCCGCCUGUUACACAAACUGUGGUGUCAACCGUCAUCGACGAAACUGUCCCUGCCACCAUUCUGGAGCCCCAACCCAUGAACACAGAGAUUAAAACUCCUCAUGACAAGAAUGUUUUGCCUGAUGAGGUUCUUCAGACGCUGUUGGACCACUACUCCAACAAAGCUAAUGGGCAGUCAGACAUUUCUUUCAGUGUGGCUGACACAGAGGUGACCUCAAGUAUAUCUAUUAAUUCCUCCGAUGUUUCCGACAGCAGCCCUGUGGAGAGCCUUGGCACGUCCAGUGCCCAGGCUCAGCCACCUACUGAGAAAGUGAGUCUCUUGCAAGAAUACUCCAAAUUUCUCCAGCAAGCACUGGAGAGAACCAGCCAGAAUGACAGCUACCUGACCAGCCAGAGCCUCAGCUUGGUCUCUGAAAACCCCACUUUAGCUGGACAGCCUCUGUUCUCUACAGAGAAACAGUUUCCUUCUCCCAGCAGGUUCAAAUCAGGGAUGAGCUCUCCGCUAAGGUCUACAUUAGAGAAACCUCACUUUGGGUUGCUGGUCGGGGACUCCCAGCACUCAUUUUCAUUUUCAGGUGACGAGACCACCCCUCCCUCUGCAGUGUCCCCAGCUGAGGAGGACUUUCUGGAGCAGGUCUCACCCUCAAAAAAGACUGACUCUUCACAAGGGAUCCUUCAGACUUUUCAAAUAAGCUCCUUUGAUCAGAACUUCAAAUCUCAUUUCCAGACGUCAAGAUCUGGAUCCUCCUCACAGUUUACUGUUGCCAAUGGACAAGUUCGAGGACACAGCACAGAAUUCUCAGAAUUCCCUUUAGUUCGAGUCACUGAGACCAGGUCUCAACUGAACUCCUCCCCUGAUGUUUCAACCAGUGAAUCAUUUGGCUGAUGAAAUGGAGGUGGGAGCGUUCAUUUCUGUUCAUAAUUUCUGUGGCACUUUAUCUCGUCUUUCCUGUUUUGCCAAAUCAAAUCCCACUGCAAACAAGGGGUCUUUUUG